AGGAAUGUUCUAAGAAGGUCUGGUUGCGGUCCAGUUAAACGUCUGUUCGGUUAAUCUAUUCAUUUCAGUGUAGAAAUACACGACAGAACAAAUGUCAUCUCAAGGCACUAGACUAACAAAACCGAGUCGUCCUGAUCCAGAAAAAAGUGGAGUGUCAGGCUCUGAGGUUGGCUACUCAGUAUCUAGGUGCUAUUCCUGUGCACUGAUUGGUCGUUUGUCCAUCAUCAUGCAGCUGACCUAUGAGGACCUGCCAGCUCAGCUGAGGCGGAGCUCCAAACUCAGGAAGCUGACAGCCAUCCUGAUCGCCGGCUACGCAGUCAAAAAGCUGUCUCCAUAUGUAUGGAGGGGGCUACAGAGGGGUGCAGCAAGGAGCCAGGAAGGGGGGGCUAAAACACCUGUGGGUGGAGUCAGCUGUGUGGAUGAAAGGGAAGAUGAGAAGAAGAAGAAGAAAGCUAACAGGUCUCCAGCAGUGAACAGAGAUUUCAUCUUCAGACUGUCUCACCUGUUGAAGCUCCUGUUUCCACGGUUACUGUGUCCAGAGUUUGGCCUGCUUGCUCUGCACUCCAUCACUCUGAUGUCCAGGACGUUCUUGUCCAUUUACGUUGCUUCUCUGGAUGGUGUAAUCGUUAGGUGUAUCGUCCAGAAAGAUCCGCGAGCCUUUGUGCUGCAGCUGUCCAAGUGGCUCCUCGUCGCAGUUCCUGCAACUUUCAUCAACAGCGCCAUCAGGUUCCUGGAGGGUCAGCUGACUCUUAGCUUCAGGAGCCGAUUGGUGAACCACGCCUACCAGCUGUACUUCACCAACCAGACUUAUUAUCGCAUCAGCAACAUGGACGGCCGUCUGUCCAAUCCUGACCAGUCUCUGACCGAGGACAUUGUCAUGUUCUCCGCCUCAAUCGCUCACCUGUACUCCAACCUGACCAAACCCAUUCUGGAUGUAGUGGUCACCUGCUACACACUGCUGCGCACUGCUCAGGCCAAAGGAGCUAACACCACGUGGCCCUCUGCCAUUGCUGGUCUGGUGGUGGCGCUCACUGCUAAAGUGCUGCGCUCCUGCUCGCCACACUUUGGGAAGCUGGUAGCCGAGGAGGCGAAGAGGAAGGGAGAUUUGCGUUACAUGCACUCACGCAUUAUCGCCAACUCUGAGGAAAUCGCCUUUUACGCAGGACACAAGGUGGAGCUGUCCCAGCUGCAGCGGAGCUACUCCGCCCUGUCGUCUCAGAUCCAUCAGAUCCUGCUGAAGCGUCUAUGGUACAUCAUGCUGGAACAGUUCCUCAUGAAGUACGUCUGGAGUGCAUCCGGCCUGGUCAUGGUGGCCGUACCUAUCAUCACUGCCACAGGAUACUCAAAAUAUGACUCUGAGGAGGUUAAGCAGGCAGCCAUGGUGAUGAAGGAGGAGGAGCUGGUCAGCGAACGCACUCAGGCCUUCACUACAGCAAGGAACCUCCUGAAUGCUGCAGCUGACGCUGUCGAGAGGAUCAUGAGCUCCUACAAGGAAGUGACUGAGCUGGCAGGCUAUACGUCUCGUGUCUGGGAGAUGUUUGAUGUGUUUGAGGACGUGAGUCGGGGAAUAUACCGUCGCUCUGCCGACAGGGAGGAGGAGUCGACAGCACAGAGAGGAGCUCAGGUUCCACAUGGACAGAGGAUCUGUGGUCCACUGGAGAUCAGAGGUCAGGUGAUCACUGAGGAGAAAGGGAUUCGCUGUGAGAACCUCCCCAUCAUCACGCCGACAGGAGAUGUGGUGGUGUCCAGCCUCAACAUCCAGGUCGAGGAUGGCAUGAACGUGUUGAUCACCGGUCCAAAUGGCUGCGGGAAGAGUUCACUGUUCAGGAUCCUCAGUGGGCUGUGGCCCGUUUAUGGUGGAGCUCUGUACCGUCCAGAACCACACAACAUGUUCUACAUCCCUCAGAGGCCUUACAUGUCGGAGGGGACCCUCAGAGACCAGGUUUUAUAUCCGGACUCGGUGGACGACAUGGUCCAGAAGGGGCUCAGAGAUUCAGACCUGGAGGAGAUCCUUCGUACCGUUCACCUCCUCUACCUCCUGGACAGAGAGGGAGGCUGGGAGUCCAUCAAUGACUGGAAAGAUGUUCUUUCUGGAGGAGAGAAGCAGAGGAUGGGAAUGGCCCGCAUGUUCUACCACCGCCCGCGGUAUGCCCUUCUGGAUGAGUGUACGAGCGCUGUGAGCAUCGAUGUGGAGGGAAAGAUCUUCCAGGCUGCAAAGGAUGCUGGGAUAGCUCUGUUGUCGAUCACCCACCGACCCUCCCUCUGGAAGUACCACUCCCACCUGCUGCAGUUCGAUGGAGAAGGAGGAUGGAAGUUUGAGCCUCUAGACGCUUCCGCCCGUUUCUCCAUGCAGGAGGAGAAGCAGCGCCUGGAGAACCAGCUGUCAGGGAUUCCGAAGAUGCAGCAGAGACUGUCGGAGCUCCGGGUUCUACUGGGAGAGAUGGACCAGGAGGGCGAGGAUGCAUUGGAGAGGCGAGACCUCACGAUUUGA